AUGUCUGCACUCCCCCAUGGGGUUAUCGACCUCAACGCCAACACCAACGCCGGGAACCGUGCUCCCAUGAAUACGCAAAUUCCUAUUCCACCUCCCGUUCCUCAACCUCCUCCAGCAAAUGGUCUGCCUCCCAUCCGUGUAGGCCAAAGAGCAGGAGCAGGACAACAAGCACAACCGGUACAAAAUGGAAUGCCUCGUUCUGCAAAUGGUUACGGCAUGGCAAACUCCAACCCCGUCCAACAGCCUAUGCCUCAGCAACGACAAUAUCAACACCAGCCUCAUCCCCAGAUGCAACAGCAGCAGCAGCAGCAACAAUACCAACGUCAACCUCAUCCUCAGAUGCAACAACAACACCAACAGCAUCCUCAGAUGCAGCAACAACACCAUCAACAACAACACCAACCCAUGAACCAGCAAAUGCAUCCCAACCAGCAACUUCACCAUCAACCUCAGAUGCAACAACAGCAACACCUCAACCUCCCCAACCAAGGCAUGCCCCUUCGUCAACCCCCUGCUGAGCGCCGCCCCAAACACGGCAUCCACAUCAGCGACCUCCGCCACGAAAACAUGACCGAAGCAGACGCCCGCGAAGAACUAUCCAGCUACAUCGUCAUCCGCAUGGAAAAGGCCCAGAACCCCAACGAGACAGACAAGGUCGGCAAGCCCGUCGUCCCGAGCUGGGAGCGCGCCACGCAGACCGAAGAGACGGACAUCUCGCAGGAGGAAGCCACCCGCAAGGUGCGCGACCUGAACAAGAAGACGGACACGGCGAUGAACAAGAAGGACGACAUGCCGGCGAUUGUGCAGCGGCAGAUUGAGCGCGCGCAGGAGAGUCUGCAGCGGUAUGAGGAGGAUGGGAGGUAUGAGUAUGUGUUGGCGCAGCUGGAGUGUAAGUUUGCGGAGAUUGAUGAGAAGAGCCCGUUGUAUAAGGUUCAUGUUGCGAAGAAGGAUAAGGACAAGGAGAAAGAGAAGGAUAAAAAGGAUAAGGAUAAAGACAAGGAUAAGGAUAGGGAUAGGAGCCGCAAGGGGAAGGAGUAUCGUGGUGAAAAGGAGUAUAGGGGCGACAAGGCGAAGCAGUCGAAGAAGUUUGAGAGGGCUGGCGUGACGGUUUACUUUAGGAGGGUACCCAAGAGGAGUGAAGAUGCCAUGGAGAUGUUGCAUCAGAAGAUUGCAUCGAGGUCCAAGAGGCGGCAGCAUCAUCAUCAGCUGCAGCAGCAGCAUCAUCAGCAACAACAACAGCACAACAUGCCCAUGGGACAAAUGGCCGACGCUCAGAGAAUGCAGAAUAUGCAAAACUUGCAGAACAUGCCGCAGCAGAUGAACCACAGUCCCGCGAUGAUGCCACAGCAGAUGCAGCCUCAACUCCAUCAACAACAACAACAUCACCAACCUCAAGUCCACCAACAACAGCAUCACCAACCUCAAGUCCAGCAACCCAUACCGAUCCCGAUCCCUCAAGCAGCACCACCACCUCCUCCACCAAAAGUGCCACAAAGACCAAUCGUCCAACCCAUGUCAACAAACCCCAGCUCCAUGUCCAGUUCCAUGCCCACGUCCACGUCCACGUCCACACAACACCAACGCCCCUUCACCCCAGCCGGCAGACGCACUCCCCGCGCCUACAAAGAAACCCCCCGCAGCCCACGCAGCUCCCGCGACUCCCUCUCCUCCUCCGGCUCGUGGGACUCCGACGAAGCAGAGUACACGACACCCGAAUCAUCCAUCAGCUCCAGCAGCCGGUACUACCGCAAGCGAUACUCCAAAUCACGCCAGCGCCGAGACAGAGACCGCCCCGAGCACUUCGGUGUCGACCAAUCUUCCCGGCAAAAUACCAAACAAACCCGUGACUACAACAUCCCUCCAUCGCCGCCGUCCACCAUCGGAGCCCCCGGUCCGGACUUUGACUCCGCCAUCCAGAGGGCCUACAAUGCGGGCAAGGAAGACGCCAUUCGACCGUUAGUACUGCAGGCCAGUACCCCGCCGCGAGCUAUCUCCGCGUACAGAGGGAGACAGCUGCUCCACAAGGAUAGAUUAGAUCUGGAGGACACGCUGGCGCAGAUUCGGAUCGCGGAUGAUAAUCGCAGGGAGAGGACGUACAGACGGGAGAGGGACUAUCACUAUGCAAGGGGGGAUGAUGAUUUGGAUAGGGACAGACUGCUGGGUGAUAGGAUGUACAGGCGGGAGGUAGUAGAUGAUUGGUAUGACGACGAUGUUAGCGAUAGGAAUUGGGGGCCGAGGAGGGCGAGGGACUUUUUGCCUAGGAGGGAGGGUAGUAGGGAGAGGUAUAAUCCUAUGAUGCCGGCGGGGUAUCGGAGGCGGUAUUAG